CCAUGGCAACGUUCUCCGCAGCAAACAAACACAUUGUUACCCUGCUCUCGUGACUCCGCCUGAUUCUAAAUCUGAGGCUAUAUUGAAAAUCUCCACGGUCAUCAAAGGUCUCAAAUGGCGGAUCCCACAAAGAUUGAUCGUCAAACAACGACACCAUUUCUGCUCCGUCUCUUCUAUAAGAAUGGACAAUUUCACCGAUUAGAAGAAUUCGCAUCUCCACGGCUACCACCACAUCUACAAAUCUAUACCUGGCAAUCCUGUACCCUGUCCGAGCUCACGCAUCUCCUCCUGACCGCGCUUCCCUCUUUGCUCCCUGCAGAGUAUGCUGGGACCCGCAUCGCCUACCGCCUAAUAUUCCCUGAUAUGCAAGGACCGUCGCGUCCGGGCACCGCACCCCGCUUCAUUGCUCGCGACCUCGGUUCCGUAAUAGUUGGCGCCGCCAGCGUGGACGCACAAGGAAAGAAGUUGGACAAUGAUAUAGAAGAUGAAGAGUCAUCAAAAGACGAGGGCAAGGCGGGAGGCGAUAUCGUGAAGGAUGCCCUGCAGCAACUCAGCGGAGAGUUAAACAAGACGCUACAAGAUGCACGUUUUGUCAUUGGCGACUACAUUAGCGCUGCAAUUCUUCCUCCUCUGGCAGAUGGCUCAGUGGCCGCUUCUCCUCCACCCAUUUCGGGAGCUUCUGCGCGUGGGCCGCCGCCUAGAGAACCCUAUGGGAACCGCCCUGGACCCCGUGAGAAUGGUUAUGGAGGACGUCCGGGGGAUUAUGACAGAUUUGGAAGAGGUGGUCGUGGUGGCGGUCGCUUCGAUGAGCGACGUGGCGGCGGGUUCCCUGCGGGCGAGUGGAGACGAGGCGAGGCUCCGCCUGCCCCUGAGAGAGAUUCGUAUUAUAGAGGGGGCGGCGGCGGCGGGAGGGGAAGGGGGCGCGGGAGGUGGUAGAAUGCAGGCCCACAGACCGGAUUGCUCCGGUCUGUGUCUAUGGUGUAAGACUAUGUGCUAUUGUUGCGCCGAGGAGACCCAGUCACGAUCGCAUUAUACUGCUGCAAGAGCAGUCCAGAGCGGAUCCAUAAUGCCAUAGGAAUUCCCGGGUUUCGCUCAC